UGACUGACAGUUCUUCCUAUAUUGUGUGAUGGCGUGGACGAAAUUUUAAAUCUCUUGGACAGAAACUAUUUCAUCAUGUCGUUUAAAGUGGAUAGAGUGCCAGAAAACAUUGACUUCCCUAAGGAAGAAGAAAAUAUACUAAAGUUCUGGCAAGAUAUCGAUGCCUUUCAGUCGUCGCUGAAGCAAUCGAAAGGUAAACCUCGGUAUUCGUUUUACGAUGGUCCACCAUUCGCCACCGGGCUGCCGCAUUACGGUCAUAUUCUCGCCGGCACCAUCAAAGACGUCGUCACGCGCUACGCUCAUCAGCAGGGCUACCAUGUGGAGCGUCGCUUUGGAUGGGACACCCACGGCCUACCGGUGGAGUUUGAAAUAGACAAGCUGUUAGGAAUCAAGGGCCCCGAUGAUGUCGCCAAAAUGGGCAUUGACAAGUACAAUGCAGAGUGUCGCAAAAUUGUCAUGAGAUACUCUAAUGACUGGGAAAGGAUUAUUACAAGAAUGGGCAGAUGGAUAGACUUCAAGAAUGACUACAAGACGCUGUACCCGUGGUUCAUGGAGUCCAUCUGGUGGGUGUUCAAGGAGAUCUACAACAAGGGUCUAGUGUACCAGGGGGUCAAGGUCAUGCCAUACUCCACCGCCUGCUCCACACCUCUCUCCAACUUCGAGUCCGGACAGAAUUACAAAGACGUUGUCGACCCGGCCGUAGUUGUCUCAUUCCCCACCAAAGAAGGAUAUUCUCUUCUCGCCUGGACCACUACCCCGUGGACACUGCCGAGUAACUUGGCACUUUGUGUCAACCCUAACCUAGUUUACCUGAAGAUUAAAGAGAAAUCCACAGGCACUUGCUAUGUCCUACAAGAGUCAAGGUUGCCAGUCAUAUUCAAGAAUGUUGAGGACUUUGAAAUCUUAGAGAAAUUCCCUGGGUCGAAGCUGAAAGGAGUGAAAUAUGAGCCUCUGUUUGACUACUUUGUUGGAAAGUGUCCAAACGCCUACCAAGUACUGAAUGAUGGGUAUGUCACUGACGACUCUGGUACGGGUAUUGUCCACCAAGCCCCAUACUUUGGUGAAGAUGAUUACCGAGUCUGUGUGGCCGCUGGAGUGGUGACCAGGGAUCAGGAUAUCAUCUGCCCUGUGGAUGCCAGUGGCAGGUUUAUGGAGCCUGUUAAAGACUUCCUCGGACAACACGUCAAAGAUGCUGACAAGAACAUCAUUGCACUCCUAAAGUCAAGAAACAGACUGAUCCAGAGUGGGCAGAUUAAACAUAGCUACCCAUUCUGCUGGCGAUCAGAAACACCCCUGAUAUACAAAGCGGUGCCGUCAUGGUUCAUCCGAGUGGAACAAAUGAGCCAGGAUCUACUGAAGUCCAGUGGGGAAACUUACUGGGUCCCUGACUUCGUCAAAGACAAGAGGUUUGGCAACUGGCUGAAGGAGGCGCGCGACUGGGCCGUCAGUAGGAACCGGUACUGGGGCACUCCCAUCCCGCUGUGGAUGUCCAGCGACAAACAAGAAGUGGUGUGUAUCGGCAGCAUUGCAGAACUAGAGGCAUUGACUGGCACCAAAGUGACCGAUUUGCACAGAGAAAGCAUUGACCACCUCGAGAUUCCCUCCUCAAGGCCUGGACAACCUCCACUAAAGAGGGUGUCUGAAGUGUUUGACUGCUGGUUCGAGUCAGGAUCCAUGCCCUACGCACAGUGCCACUACCCCUUCGAAAACAAGAAGGAGUUUGAAGAGAAAUUCCCAGCUGAUUUCAUUGCUGAGGGCAUUGAUCAGACUAGAGGCUGGUUCUACACGCUCAUUGUGAUAUCAACAGCUUUGUUCAACAAACCGCCCUUCAAGAACUUGAUAGCAAACGGCUUGGUGCUGGCGUCGGAUGGGCAGAAAAUGUCCAAGAGGAAGAAGAACUACCCAGAUCCUCUAGAAGUGGUUCACAAGUACGGGGCUGAUGCCUUGAGGCUGUACUUAGUUAACUCGCCGGUCGUCAGAGCCGAGAACCUGAGGUUCAAGGAGGAAGGAGUGAGGGACAUCAUUAAGGAUGUAUUCCUCCCGUGGUACAACGCGUUCAGGUUCCUGAUGCAAAACGUGGAGAGAACCGUGCAAGAGGAUAAGGUGGACUACAGAUUCAACGAAAAAGCAGUUCGGGAGAAUGUGAUGGACAGGUGGAUAACAUCCUUCACGCAAUCUCUGAUUCAAUUUGUGAAGAAGGAGAUGGCCGCAUACCGGCUCUACACUGUCGUACCUAGACUCACUAAAUUCAUUGACCACCUCACCAACUGGUAUGUCAGAAUGAACCGGAAGAGGUUGAAGGGUGAGAAUGGUGUGAAAGACUGCCAGGUUGCAUUAGACACGCUGUUCGGAGUUCUCUUCGACAUGGCGCGGGUUAUGGCACCAUUCACACCGUUCUUAACUGAGCUGAUGUACAAGACCCUGCGGCAGUUACUACCGGGGAAGUCUCUAGAAAGUGUGCACUUCAACAUGACUCCGGAGCCGAAGUUGGAACUGGUGGACACGGGGAUAGAGCGAGCCGUGCAGCGCAUGCAGGCCGUCAUCGAGCUGGGCCGCGUGCUGCGCGACCGCAAGACCAUCCCCAUCAAGUACCCCCUACCCGAGAUGAUCAUCAUCCACCGAGACCAGACGUAUUUAGACGACGUAUCGUCAUUAGAAAAGUAUGUUUUGGAAGAAAUGAACGUAAGGAAACUACAGCUGACGAGUGAUAAGGAGAAGUACGGGAUUACUUUGAGAGCUGAGCCGGAUCAUAAGAUUUUAGGCGCGCGACUGAAGGGAGACUUCAAGGCUGUGACGCAAGGACUGAAGGACCUGAACAACGCGCAGUGCGAGAAGCUGAUAGCUGAUGGAUUUGUCGAACUGGUGGGUCAAAAGAUUGACGUGUCAGAAGUAAGGAUCAUCUUCCAAGCGCAGGGUACAGACCAGUACGAAGCGCACAGCGACAACGAUGUCUUAGUUCUACUGAACGUGUCUCCAGACCAGGACAUGCUGGACGAGGGCUUCGCCAGGGAGAUCAUCAACAGGGUGCAGAAGCUCCGCAAGAAGGCCCACCUGGUGCCCACAGAUGAGGUGAACGUGUACUACUCCGUGGCCAAGACCAGCGACAUCGGCCGCAUCAUCCAGUCUCACCGCGAGUUUAUAGAGUCCACCGUCAAAGCGCCCAUGAUCCCUGGCGAUCAGCUGACGCCUUCCAAAGCCGUUGUCAUCGAGGAGACGCAGGAAUUGAAGGGAUCGCAGCUGAAAAUAGUGAUCACUUGGAGGAAGGAAGUCGAGUUGCCGUCAAACGCGUGGGCCAACAUAGUCCUGCAAGGACUAACGCCCAGGUAUGGCGUGACUACUACAAAAGCUAGUAUCCUCUUGAAAGACAACACCGGUAAGUUUAUAACGUUAGAUAGGCUUCACAAAGAAAUUGAAAACCUGUUCGGUAUUUACGGAAUGAAAUACUCUGUCUGGUGCAAUGGCGCUGAAGUGAAAAGCGUAAGCGAUCUCAAUGCGAAGACCAUUGUAGUGGCUCAGACGAAACCUAAAGAUCCUGAGUCCGCCUCGACUCCAUUCUGCAAAUUUGUGAACAUCGCUAAUGGCGCUAAGUCCGCCACACUCUUCUUAGAGAAUCCGAUUGGGAAGAAAUCGUUAACAGUUGACCAAGCCGUUAAAUUACUAGCUGAUUGCUUAGGUAUGAACGAGAAAGACAUUGAUAAGAAACUGUUGAAAAAGUAAAGACUGGUACAAACAACACCUUAGAUUCUGUUCGCUAUUCUUACAAAGAAUGAAAUGUUUGUUGUAUUGUUGCAUUUGUUGUGGUGUGGCCAAGCCGACUUUAACUUUUUAAUCUUGUUUUAUAUUUCUUUGUAGGUGCUAAGUAAUUAAUAAUUUAUUGUACAGUAGUAACUCUUUUUAUAAUCCCCGAACAUGCCCUCCCUACUACAGUAUUUUUGAAUUUACUGUGUGUGUGCAACAUAACUUAUUACAAUAAAUGUUGAAAACUGC